UUCAAGACAGAGAGGCCUGGGCAGCCCGUAGCUCACUGGACUCACCAUGGCAGAGAAGGCCAACAACUUCCCGCCGUUGCCCAAGUUCAUUCCACUGAAGCCAUGUUUCUACCAAGACUUCGAAGCCGACAUUCCUCCGCAGCACCUGACCAUGACCAAACGCCUCUACUACCUCUGGAUGCUGAACAGCGUCACGCUGGCCGUGAACCUGGUGGGCUGUCUCGCGUGGCUGAUCGGAGGCGGGGGAGCCACCAACUUUGGCCUGGCCUUUCUCUGGCUCAUUCUCUUCACACCUUGCUCCUACGUCUGCUGGUUUCGGCCCAUUUACAAGGCCUUCAAGACCGACAGCUCCUUCAGUUUCAUGGCGUUCUUCUUCACUUUCAUGGCUCAGCUGGUCAUCAGCAUCAUUCAGGCCGUGGGCAUCCCGGGCUGGGGCGUUUGCGGCUGGAUCGCCACCAUCUCCUUCUUCGGGACCAACGUGGGCUCCGCGGUGGUGAUGCUCAUCCCCACCGUCAUGUUCACCGUGGUGGCCGUGUUCUCCUUCAUCGCGCUCAGCAUGGUCCAUAAGUUCUACCGGGGGAGCGGAGGGAGCUUCAGCAAAGCCCAGGAGGAGUGGACCACGGGCGCGUGGAAGAACCCGCACGUGCAGCAGGCCGCGCAGAACGCGGCCCGGGGCGCCGCCCAGGGCGCCAUGAGCACCCCCCAGACUCAGUAUUCCGCCACCCCCAACUACACCUACUCCAAUGACAUGUGAUCCGGGGCAGCCCACGGGGAGGCCCGGUGGGGGGGGGGGGGGCCGGUGGGGCGGGCGGGCUCGAGCCACGCCGUCCACGCGGGUCACCCACCGC